AUGCUUGUUCGAUGCGUUUUCGUUGCGUACUUUGGCGAGGAAGUCUGUCAUGAGGUCAUUAAUAAGGCGAGGGAAAACAUAAACACAAUUCUCAAGCCAAACAUUCGCGAGAUCCUUAAUGCCCUGAAGCAAAAGGUCAAGCGAGGGGGGAUUGUGGUCUAUCUUGGCUAUGCCCCAUUCUUCAAUACCGAGAAUGAGGAUUGCGCAAACCCCGAGAAAUACCAGUGGGCACUAGCUACCUAUGGAGAACUGGACUUCUUUGGUCGAAGUGACUUUCUGCGUCUGACGAUUGAGCGGAGGCGGGUCUUCAAUGACUUGGUUCACCAGAUCAACCGGGCUAUUCGAGAGGUGGUCGAGGAGCUUCACAACGACCGGAACAAGGUUUACGAUAUUGGCUUCGCAGACUGGAGUUUCUUUCCUGAGCUGGUGGACGGUCAAUUCUGUUCACCAAGGAGCACUGGAACAUACCCGGACUUUCAUCAGCCUGAAUUGCUAUUCUUUAAGCAGGACACCAGGCCCGACAGGCAUGGACCACUAAAUAAUGAACUGCGUCGUCGUGACGAAACUGAGGGAGUUGUUAGGGGAAAUGUUACUGAGGGGGAUGGAGCGAGACCUCAGUUUGAUCGAAAGCCUCACGCGAUGUUCGAUGGGAUCUCUGGAGUCAAAGGCCGAUAUUACCCACCAGGCACAUCCCGCAACCCCCAGACUGAAGUGAAGCGCCAACUUCAUCGCCGUGCGCCAGCUCAUCCUGACUGUCCAGGAGACAACUCCUUCGACUGGACCUUGGGGUUCGGUUUACCUGAUGGACUUGGGCAGCUCUUUCACCCCAAUCCUAAAGGACAUGAGGCCAUGGCUGCUUUUGCCCUGCAAACAUUGGCGACAGUGAAAGCACAGCAGCUCGAUAUAGUCGUGGAUUCUUGUGAAAUUCAGGAGGACACUUUCCACUGCUGGCGCGGACAACCUCUACGUCAGGCAUACACACAGUUUGAGACUGUCAAUAAGCUCGCCAAGCAAUUUUGCGAGAGAGACGUCGUCGCGCCACCCGAUUGGGAUGAUAAUUGGAGCUUUAGCAAGAGGUACAAUAUAGCUAUGAACGGCAUCAUCAAUCGCUGUGACACUGAUAGCGACAUAAACCCCUUGAACCUCAAAUAUGGAGGAUGGCAUACCCGCGGCAACUACCAGUACGAAAUCACCCCGCUUUAUCGACGUAACCACAUCACCCGGGCCGAUGGACGCUGUCGCGGCGAGUACAAGGUCUUUUACAGCAAAUACUAUGAAAACCCGGAUGAGCAUAAUGGCUGGGAAUGGUAUGCCAGCUUCCAUACACACAUCUGGACUAGCAAUCGCUGCUUUAAUAACCUCAAGGUUCAGGGGCGCUCGAAGGGAUACACGCACAAGUGGAAGGCUAACCCGCAGUUGGAGAGCAUGAGAACACCAUAG